AUGAGGCGAUCGAGAACCGAUCAAAAAUCAGGAUCAUGGAGUCAUAUGGAGAUCGAUUUAACAAAUAAAAAUUUACAAAGAACCAAAAAUUCAUCAUGUAGACGUAUUCGAUAUCGAUCAAAUUCAUUUAAUUCAUUUGCUUGUCAACAAAGUGAACAAAUGGCUGGGACAGUACAAUUAUUUUAUUUGUAUGAAGAUAAAAAUUCAAAGAAUAUGUACAACCUUGAUAAUUCAAAAGAAGACGUAAAGAAAUCACAAACAGCUGAAAGAAUGGUCGAUAAAAUUCACCUUAGUUUUAUAGAUCAUCCAGUUGGACAUGUAAAGUGCAAAUAUUUUAUUCUCAACAAUUUAUUCAUAAUUGGCUCUAUAGAAGCAGCUUAUCACAAUUUCAAUCCGUAUCAUACAGCGUUGCAUGCAGCCGAUGUACUACAAGCAAUGCAUUGUUUUAUAUCACAAAGUCAACUUCUGACCAUUUUAAGUCCGACAGAAAUUUUCGCUAGUCUAUUGGCAACCGCUUUACAUGAUGCUGAUCAUCCCGGUGUAAAUCAAUCCUAUUUAGAGAAGACAGGUGAUUUUUUGGUUGAUUUAUAUAAAUCGGUUUCUGUAUUGGAAAAACAUCAUGCAAAAUUUGGUUUAUGCAUUCUUCAAGAAAAUGGAUUAUCUAAUGCAUUAGAAUUAAAAGAUUGGGAAUUCGUGCGUGACUGUUUUUUAAAAUUAAUUCCAGCUACUGAUAUUACAUAUCAAGGAGUAUAUCAAAAACAAUUCAAAGAUUUAACAAACUAUCAUAUGGCUAAUCCAUCUUUAUCAUAUACAAUAUCUGAUCGCCUGUUAAUCAUGCAAAUGGCCUUAAAAUGUUCAGAUAUAAGUAAUCCCUGUCGAGUUUGGCCAACAUGUAAAGAAUGGGCAAUACGUGUUUGUUGUGAGUUAUUUUGUCAAGGUGAUAGAGAACGUUUUCAAUGGUCAUUACAGCCUAUACCAACAAUGGAUCGCACAAAAUUUACUUUAGCAAGAAUACAAAUUGGAUUUAUUAGAGAUAUGGUGAAACCAUUAUUAACUGGAUGGCAUGAAUUUUUUCAAAAUAAUCUUACACUGAAAAUUUUACAAAAUUUAGAUGAAAAUUUAAAAAAUUGGCUAACUGAUUUAUCUUCUUCAUCAUCAUCAUCAUCAUCAGGCAUAACAACUUAUGUUAAUCGUCAUAAUUCAUUAGACAGUCAACUGACAUCAACAUUACCACUUAGUUACAAUAAUAAUCAAUCUAUUUCAACAAUUCAUUAUUUAGAUCAAAUUAAACAAAAAACUAUCAAAUCAGAGAAAUUGGAUCAAAAAAAUAAAAUUGAUUUACAAAAACCUUUUAUAGGAUCAAUUCAUUUAACUAAUUCACCGAUUCAAGAAAUUGAUACAGUGAAUACAUGUGAAUCAUUUGAUUCCAAUAGUAAUAAUAAUAAUAAUAAUUUACAUUCAGGGAAAUCACAUCAAACAAUAUUUAUUACAACACGUGUUAUUCGUCGACAUUCAUUACCGGAAACACAAUUAGCUAUUAGAAAAACAUUUAAUUUUUCAUUAUCAAAUAAAUCAAGUACUGUUGUUCUAUUAAAAAAUGAUACACAGAAUAUGUUAUCAUUUCAUUCAAGAAAUAAUCAUAUUAAUAUACCAAUUAGUAAGAUUAAAUCUCAAUCCUCUACCAUUAAAUCAUCAUCAUCAUCUACAUGUACAGUAUCUGCAAAUAUAUUACACAUGUUAUAUGAAGAAUUAAAAAAUAACAAACCAAAUUAUUUAUCAUCGAAAAUUGAUUUAAAAUCAAUUCCAAAUACAAUACGUUGUAAAGAUAAUAAAUUAUUAGAACAAAAAGUGUUAGAUUUAAAUUAUGAUCGUACAGUUUUACGAUUUUCUGCACUUGCUCAUCGUCGUAGUAGUGCACCAAUUACAGAACAUUAA